GACGGGACUGUCAUUGUAACCGACAGGGCUUCUCACACUGCAGCCUUCGCCGAGUUCUUUGCCGACGUCGCUUGUGGAAUGCAGCGCAGUCCAAUAUGGCGGCUGACUCGGGAAUGGAUACGUGUCCAUCCCCAGAAAUACCAGAUUCUAGGAAAAGACCAUUGGACGGCGAAGUUGAAAAUGGGAUGACAAAGAGAUCGCAUUACGGGGGAGCAGAUGGAACAUACCACUUCAAGAUGCUGGUACCAGGUGUUGCUGCAGGAGCUAUCAUUGGAAAAGGUGGUGAUACAAUAGCACAGCUUCAGAAGGACACUGGAGCUCGAGUAAAAAUGUCAAAAGCCAAUGACUUUUAUCCAGGCACAUCUGAGAGAGUCUGUCUGAUAACAGGAAAUGUGGAUGCUAUAAUGGCUUGUCUAAUAUUCAUCAUGGAGAAAAUCAGAGAGAAACCAGACAUGAAUGCAAAACAAGCAAUUGACUUUGACAAUAAAACGUCCGCUGAACGAGAUAAACAAGUAGAGAGCUUAUGCAAUGUGCUCUCUUGUGCAGGUUAAAAUUCAAUGAUUAUUGGAAAAGGUGGCAACUAUAUAAAGCAAAUCAAGGAGGAAAGUGGCUCAUACGUUCAGAUCUCACAAAAAGCCAAAGACCAGACUCUGCAAGAGAGAUGCAUCACUGUUAUUGGUGAAAUGGAAUGCAACAGGACAGCGUGCCUCAUGAUUCUGUCUAAGGUGGUAGAAGACCCACAAAGUGGGAGUUGCUUGAAUGUUAGUUAUGCCGAUGUGUCUGGUCCAGUUGCUAAUUACAAUCCUACUGGAUCUCCAUACGCUAAUCAUAAUGUUCAGCAUACACCAGUACAAGGUGGAAAUUUCAAUUCAUCCCCAAGUUUAAGCUCGUCCAUCACUGCAGUUGGUGGGAUGCUGCUGAACGGAGGUCCUACCAGCCUGAAUUUGAGCUUGAACCUCGGUAAUCCGUCAGCUGGACCAGCAAAUGCCUCGGUUACUGCACAGCUUUUGGAUCACAUAAAGGUUAUAUUGAGGACCACUGGCUACUCGGACCAAGCAACUAGUGACAUAACAUCUGCCAUGGGUAUACUCGCACAAUAUGGGAUUCUUGGAAUGGGGCUUGGAUUGACUGGAACAGGAGUUUCAUCAGGCAAUUCCAGCAACCACUCCCUUAUGGCAAGCAGCAACUAUUUAGGAGUAAGUCCCAUGGACUCCACACCAUCCCCUCAAACAGCAAAUGGGGUUGGAAGUAAUGGUGGUGUGUUCGGUCCUAUCGGCACGGUGUCUUCGAUCGGUACUUCGACUCCAACAUCUCGUGGAGGGGCGAUGGACCGAUUCGGCGAGGGUGGUGCGUCCAGUGGUCCGUUCGAUCCUUUUAGACAUCAGUCAAGUCCUACUAAUCUUGGCUCGCCCAUUUCUCUUAACAAUAACUCUUUUGGUCUAGGUACUGGUCAGUCCAUAUGUAAAAGUCCCACCCCUUCAGAUCUGAAAGGUGACCCAAAAAAAGUUGAUCUGGAAAUUGCAGAAAAUAUUGUUGGUGCUAUUCUUGGUCCUGGUGGUAGAUCUCUUGUAGAAAUUCAACAUCUUAGUGGAGCAAAUAUUCAAAUAUCAAAGAAGGGCACAUUUGCUCCUGGUACUCGUAAUCGCAUCGUUUCUAUAGCGGGCUCACCUAAUGCCAUCAGUACUGCACAGUAUCUGAUAGAGCAGAGGAUCAGCGAGGAAGAAGCCAAACGGGCCAGACCCAGUGCUCUGGGAAUCCUGCAGUAAAAUAAGUAAUUAAACACCGUAUGUGCAUUUACUAUACACUUCACCCAAUAAAAUUAUUUUGUAAACAGUUUUGUUUACCUCGUCUAGAUUUUUGUUGACUUAAUAUUAAAACAACCAUCACAGUCUCUCACUUCAUAAGCCAUUAUAGUCGAGUAAUGUAAUCCAAAUGGCAAAAUGAGUUUCCAUGGCAUCUUCUUUGAAUAACCAGUUAAAAAGUUGUCCUUGUGGGUAAAUCGUACCUCUUGAAGGUCAUAGCGUGGGUUCUAGAUUGGUAAUAUUUCAUGUAUCUGUUAUACUCCAGCAAACAUCAUGACAUACCUAAAUGUUGUUACAAGAACUUUACAUUAAAUCAUAUGUAUUGUAAAUAUCUGACUUGGCAUAAAUCAUCACUAACAUUUCAGCAACAGGUUACUGCACGGAACCUGCAUCGAUAGAAAAUACUUGUACGCUUCAUUAUAUGAAUUUUUUCCCCCUGGAGUUUAUUUCAUAAAUCCCCUUAUAUAUGAUUUCUAAUGAUCUGUCUAAAUGUUAUUAAAAUUUUUUGAAGACUGUAUGAGUUUAACAUUCUGAUCUUCUCAGAAAUGGAUUAUCUUAUAUGUACUUCAUUGUUAUAUAUAUAUAUUAUAUAAAGAUUGUACUUCAUUAUCAUUGAACUACAUUUUUUAAUUUUGAUUAGUGAUCUUAAAACACUUCACGCACGGUUUAUAUGAAGACUUACUGCAGUGUAUUAAGUUGAUGAGUAUAAAUUUAUCUUCAACAUAACAUUUUCUUGGACAUUUUCAUUGUGUACAAUGAACACAGUCCAAAGUGAGCUGCCUUUUACCCAUAGUACAUAAUUGAUCUUUGUUCUGUGAUAAUACAGCCUGUUUAUUGUUAGGUGUAAAUUCAAUAUCCCUUUACCCCACUCACUGUCAUUCAUGUUUGUUGUUGCAUGGUUUUUGUGCUACUAGUCUUUCACAACUAUCUGUCGAGUGGUCACAUUUCUCUGCCUAGAGGAUUCGGUUCCUUUUCUGUCCUUCGUGUAGUCUCCUAGAUAAAAGAUGUUCCAGGUCCAUAAACAUGGUGAUGGGAAGCAAGAGUGUCUUGCUUCUGUGUCAGAAAAAUGGCGUCCAUUUAGCAUUUUUGAGACUAGAUUUUUUGUCAUAGUCAUGUAUAUAAAUAUUCAUUCAUUCAUUCAUUGGUGAAAUGUGAUAUUGUUGUACAGAAACAUUCUCAUUAUCAAGUUACCAUGUACACAUGUUUAUUUUUUUGCUUGUUGUAAUCAUAUACUAUUAUUGUACUAUAUAUUAUUUGUGGAAUGGCUGGAAAUAUGUCGAAGGUGAAGGGUAUGGCUACGAUUGUUGUGUGGAUACAACAGUUAUUUGCCUAUAAAGGUUUUCAAAGAUUUUUAAUUGUAUUGUCAAAGCCUUUUCUAAAAAAAUGAAGUUUGAAUGUCAAUACAUUGGUAUAUUUACUGUGUCAUUGUGAUGUGUCAGACUGCAGCAAAAAGUUACUAUUUACGGUAAAAAUUGAUGUUUAUACCGAAACAACGGUAUGUUCCUGCAAGUUUGUACAGUGUGAUUAUUAUUAAGAGAAAUUCCUGUAUGCCUGAGAAUUUAGGUUCAUUGGUACAUCUCAAUUUGACACACUGGGUUAAGUUCCACCGUCUGAGUUUUCAUGUUGUCGAGAAGUGGCAAUGUGAUUGUGUAAAUGUUGAUAUUCAAGCCAACUCAAAUUGAGUUACAAAUUGUUUGUACCUAUAACAGUACAGAUAUUUCUUCAUUGUGAAUUGCCAUUAACUCAUUAAAGUUAAGUUGUAUUCCUAAAAUAAUUUGGAGUCAUCAGUGCCAUAAACGUAGAACAAUUGUCACUGAGGGUUGUAGAGCCUAAUCCUUAAAAUGGGGAGAAAUCCCUCAUGGCAGCCUUAUUAAAAUGUUCCAGUGCGUGUGGAGGUAUGUCAUUCAUGUUCAUAUAACCGUGGUAGAUGCUAGUUAUGUUUACAAAUAUUAACAGUGUUGCUGCCAUAUCACUGAGCAGUACAAAAUACUUUGUUUUAAUUUUCUUCCUUCAACUAUGUUGUUAGAUCAUUCACUUUCAGUAUUUUUAUGAGAAUUAAGUUUUUUAAAAAUAUUUUCAUAGUUAAUAUAUAUGCUGUAAUAUAGAAAUAUGUGGUUUUGAUGUCUUUCUGCUCUUCCACUAAGGGAAAAAGACAUCUAAAAUCUUUAAACAAAUGACUUGUAUUUUUUUGAAAUGAUAAUCCUGCUCUGAAAAUAAAACAAAAUAUGGUUUGAAAGGCUUUCGGUGGAUGAGCAAAUAAGACAGAAGCUUUAUACUAAACAACUUCAUUCAAUCAAAAUGUAAAUCAUGGUUCAUUCUCAAUAAAUCCAUGGCAUAACGAA